AUGGAGUUUUGGACUUCGGUGUUUGCGCCAUCUAUUGUAGCUCUUUUCGCUUUCCUUUUGCCUUGCUUAUAUGAUAACGUGGUGGGGUGCAAGUUAGGGGAAAAUAUUGAGUUGUUGAAUACUGCUUUGGGUGAGCUUAGAGCAAAAAGAGAUGAUGUGGUUUUCCAACUCGAUGCUGGAAAGGUUAAAGGUGAGCAAAGGCAAGCAACAGUGGUUGAAUGGCUUUCAAAAGUCAAACUCAUUGAAACCGACACCAACCGGCUGCUUGGUGUUGCUGCUUCUAGUCAGGAUCCUUGCGCUCUAAGAGCUGAUGUCUCCUCUAAUGAUGCUUCCCCUGAUGAACGGAUGUCAACAUCUGGGUGCUGGUGCACGGACAACAUCUCCCCCUGCUGCCGAGUCCACAAGGUUAUCAAGAAGUUGAAUGAAGUUAGAGAUCUUUGUUCUAGAGGAGAAAGGUUUGACGCGGUGACUGUGCAAGCUCCUCCUCCUGUGGUAAUACAGAAAUUUUGCGACAAAACAUUUGGUCUUGAUACGACGCUAGAAAAGACUUGGAAAAGUCUUAUGACGGAUAGAAACAGGUUGUUGGGUAUCUACGGUAUGGGAGGUGUAGGCAAAACUACGCUACUAGCUCUAAUCAACAACAAGUUCGCGAACCCCGAGGUCAAGGGCAAGUUUGAUAUUGUCAUUUGGGUUAAAGUGUCUAAAGUUGUGGACAUCGCCAAGAUUCAAGAUGAUAUCGGGAAAAGACUAGGCAUCAAUGACGACACGUGGUGCUUAAACUCGGAAGAAGAGAAAGCCUUUGAGAUAAGCAGGGUCCUAAGCUCUAUAAAACCCCGGUUCGUGCUUUUGUUAGAUAACCUAUGGGAUGAAGUGAGUUUGUCAGACAUUGGAAUCCCAUUGACGGGGACAGAAUUCAGAGUCGUGUUUACAACUCGUGACAGGGAUGUUUGUGGAAGGAUGAAGAAAACUGAAGAAAUCGAAGUUAAAGUUUUGGAGGAGGCGGACGCAUGGGAAUUGUUCAAGCUGCAGGCUCAAUGCAGCAUGGUGAAUAGAGAAAUUUCUCAAGUCGCAAGACAGAUUGCGGUUACAUGUGGUGGCUUACCCCUAGCACUUGUAGUGACUGGAAAGACAAUGGCAUGUAAAACUACUGAAGAUGAAUGGGUUCGUGCACUCGAGGAUUUGGAGUCUUCUCCGGGUGAGUUGAGAGGUACAGAGAGGGGCAUAUUUCAUGUUCUCAAGUUAAGCUUUGAUCAUUUAGAUGAGACAGCGAAAAAGUGUUUUCAGUAUUGUGCUUUAUUUCCCAAGGCACACAAUAUCAACCGUGAUGAGCUGGUAGAGUAUUGGAUCGGUGAGAAGUUCAUAACUGAAGAUAGAGAAAGACAGAGAACAAAGAAUCGAGGCUACAAUAUAAUCGAUGCUCUUGUUCAGGCAAGCUUGCUAUUGAAGGAUGGCGAGUCUGAGCAGAAACUGAGUAUGCAUGAUAUGAUACGGGAUAUAGUAUUGAGGGUUAGGUCAAAGCCUGAGGAGGGAGAAAUAUUUGUUGUUCAAGCAGGUGCUGAGUUAAGCGAACUGUCUCAUGUCCCGGAUUGGACAAGCGCUACAAAGAUGUCUCUAAUGAACAAUACGAUUAAGGACAUACCAGACGAUCAUGAGUUUCCUGACCAAGCUCGUCUAGUGACCUUGUUCCUUCAGAAUAACAAGUUAGUAGAGAUCUCUGGUAAAUUCUUUGUGGCCAUGUCGUAUCUGGUGGUUUUGGAUCUAUCUCGCAACCCUUAUCUCACUGAGUUGCCCGAAGAAAUUUCAGAGUUGGUAUCCUUGCGCUAUCUCAGCUUAUUAGGGACUAUGAUAAAGGAUUUUCCCGAGGGUUUUGGAAAAUUGACUCGACUGAUUCACUUGGAUCUAGAGUCCACGUACAACCUUCAAAGUACCAGUCUCAGGAUGAUAUCACGAUUAUCAAGCUUUCUUAAGAAGCGAAUUGGCAGGGAAGACAGAGGGUCUAUGUCUCCAAGGACUUGA